AUGGGAAACAUCUGCUCCCGUAGUUCCAACAAGGGCAACGACCCCUUCACCCAGCCUGGUCGCGCAGUCGGAACAAACCCAUCAGAGCAGAAUGCAUCACCCCGUGCCCCGCUUCCAGCCAAGACAAACUGGAAAGCAACACCCGGCCGCACCCUCGGCGAGAGCAAUGCCAACACCAACACUGGAGGAAGCGAAGCACCUACUGAUGAGGCACGCGCCAAUGCAGCAAUUGCUGCACAGAAACGCGCCGAUAGCACUUCCACAGGUAAAGGUAAAUUAGGAUCUAAACUAGCCACUCAGAAGGCACAGACACAUGCGCAGACGUUGGAUCAAGUGAGUCGCACUGAGAGGGCAGCGCGCGAUGUUGAUGGUGCCGAGGCUGCUAGGAGGUGGGAAUGA